UUAAUUAAUAGCACCAAGAAAUGUGCAAAAUAUUGCGAUGCAAUCAAUUAUUAAUUUGCACGUAAAUCGAAUAAAAAAUAAAAGUCAUUUGAAAUGAUAGCUUCUAGCAAGGGUUGCAAGAUAAUUUAGGAACAAAUCCCUGCUGCCGAAUUGUAUUUUGUUUUCUCCGCCUAUCUCUCCCUCUGAGUAUUUCUAGUCUAGAUUUCUCACUGGGGACUGAUCAACCUAUAUUUGAAUAGAAUACCUAAUCCAAAAAAAUGAGUUCACAAACAAUCGAAACGGAGUCUAAAUUGGUCCAACAUUUCCUAUCAGUCUGUCGGUUGUGUUUAAGUGAAGAGUUUCUUGAAGACAUAUUCGAACUGGAUGAUCUGAAUCUAUUGAUUUCGGGUUUCCUCACGAUUGUGGUUUCCGAGGACGACAGCAUCGGUCGGUCCAUCUGUGCAAGCUGCCGGACACAGUUAACCGAAUUUCGUGACUUCAAGCUGCGAUGCCUCGAAGUACAGGAAGCCAUGCAAGGCGACUGCUACACGAUUGUGGAAGAAGAUCUGUCUCCGUUUGAUGGAGCCGAGGAAGUGCCCCCGUCUGAAGAAGAUCUGAUUCUGACUAUCGAUAUCGCAGAACAAUCGCAACCAGUAGAACCAAAAGCGGAAUCAAUUCGAGAUCAGAAAGAGCCAACCAGAAGAAGAAAGAAGUUGCAUCACCUUCAACGAAUCGAAAUAGCCAAAUCCGGACGGAAACGGUAUGUUUACGAUCUCAAAGAGGUCUACCGAAAUCAACUGGAGAAAUGUUCCACCUGCGAGAAAAUGAUUCCCAAAGGUCGCAUGGAAGGCCAUCAGAACAUGCAUCAAGGUCUUCGACCGUUUUGGUGUGAACGGGGUUGCGAGAGCUUGGCUUUCCACUGUCAACAACUUCGGCUGCACCACUACCGGAACACUCACGACGGAGAGCUGCACGAGUGCGACGUUUGCCACAAGUCCUAUCGCUCCAAGCGAAGCCUCAACUACCACAAAAAGGAUGUUCAUUCGGCGAAGGAUUUUGCCUGCUCGGUUUGCAGCCAGGCAUUCGCAUCGAAUGCUCGGCUUAAACAACACAUGAAGUAUCACAACCGUGAGAAGAAUCAUCCCUGUUCCAAGUGCAGUUAUUCAUUCUACUCGAAUCAUGACCUGAAGAAGCAUCUGAGGACGCACGAGAAUGAUCGCUAAAAAUUUAAUUGUCAUGGGGAAAAAUCUUAAACCGUCUUAGAUCAUUGUAGACUGGAUCUGAAAUUAAAUUGAAUUCUAGUGAAAGCAUCUUGAUCUCCCACUUAAAAGGAUACUUUCUUU